AUGGAUCGUUGGGUGAAUCGUGUGGCUGUUGUGACGGGCGCAAGUGCCGGGAUUGGCGCACAAAUUGCCAAGGAUCUCGCUAAUGCGGGAAUGGUGGUUGUAGCCUUGGCCAGGAGGGUGGAAAGAGUGGAGAAUUUGAAGAAGGAACUCCCCGAGGCGGUGCAAAAACACUUUUACCCUGUUAAGUGUGAUGUAAUGAAUGAAGAGGAAAUUAUUGAGACUUUCUCGUGGAUCAAGAAGACUCUGGGAGGGAUUGAUGUGCUCAUCAACAAUGCUGGGAUUGGGACUUCUGCUGUUAAGCUCGUUGAUGCUGGAAAUUCUGAUAUAAUGCGGAAUACAGUGAACACGAACCUCAUGGGAGUCUUUUAUUGUACUCGCGAAGCCUAUCAGUCGAUGCGAGAACGUUCCUUUCAUGGGCACAUCAUCAACAUCAACAGUGUCCUGGGGCAUGGUAUCCCUGUUGUCCCUACAGAAUACGGUUACAUGAACUUCAACAUCUACCCAGCAACCAAAUACGGCGUCACUGCACUCACUGAAUCCUUCAGACAAGACUUUAUUAAUGAGAAAUCUGGUAUAAAGAUCACGAGCAUCAGCCCCGGUACUGUUCAAACGGAAAUUACUCCGGAUUACAGUGCGGAAAGUCUCAAAAACAUUCCACAUCUUAUGCCAGUAGACAUCUCAAACGCUGUUCUUUACACCCUCGGCACCCCACCCAAUGUGAACAUCAAGGAACUCGUCAUCUCUCCAACAGAAUCCCUUUAUUAACAUUCUCCCUAAAUCACAAUUUUUUCCCCUUUUUUGGUGAAAGGUUUUUAUUAAAAAAGAAAGAGAAUUCAAUUGAUUGAUCGAAUAAAAAGUGAGAGAAAAAUAAAAUUCCAAUGUGAGUUUUUUUAUCGAUUGAAAUGCUAAUUUCUUGCGCUGUGCAAUUGCGCUAAUUGUCCGCCUACAUCGUGUAAUCACUGAGAUAUGCCUGUGAUUAAAUUCAAUCCCAAUCUUCCCUAACAGACAGACAAUUGUGAAUUAUCGUGAGAAUGCACCAGACGGUAUAUAAAGGUUGCGAUAAUCAAGCGUUGGGAUUUAGUUUAGUUCAAUGCCUAGGAGAAAAAUCUCCUGUUGUGGGAAUAGUGCACCAAAAAUGGAACGCUGGGAGAAUCGUGUGGCCGUUGUGACGGGUGCUAGUUCCGGAAUUGGGGCACAAAUAGCCAAAGAUCUCGCAAAGGCAGGAAUGGUGGUUAUUGGCCUGGCAAGACGUGUUGAACGCUUGGAUGAGGUGCGAAGUACCCUACCUGAGCAUCAGAGGCUACGUUUUCACGGAAUAAAGUGCGAUGUUAUGGAUGAUGAUGAGGUGGCCAAGACAUUUUCGCGUAUUGCGGAGAAAUUUGGUGGGAUUGAUGUACUCGUGAAUAAUGCCGGUGUGUACGAUCCCUCAAUGAAGCUCUUCCAAGAGGGGAAUUCAUCGAAAAUCAGUGAAACAAUCAACACCAACAUCACAGGCUUCAUCUCGUGCACGCGUGAAGCAUUCAAAUCCAUGAAGAAGCGCUCCUUCCCUGGGCAUAUAAUCAACAUGAAUAGCAUCUCUGGGCAUCACGUAUCUAAUCUCCCCACGGAUUACUACUUUAACGUCUACGCAGCCACAAAACACGCCAUCACCGCUCUCACGGAAACAGAACGGCAGGAAUUUGCAAAGGAACGUCUUGGGAUUAAAGUUUCCAGCAUUAGCCCAGGGAUCGUUCAAACGGCACUCUCACCGCACUUCAGCAAGGAAGCUCUGCGAGAUUUUCCCCAUCUCUUCCCCCAAGAUGUUUCCCAGGCCGUUCUCUAUGUUCUCGGCACCCCAGCACACGUUCAAAUCCAGGAGCUAACGAUUAAACCCAUUAGAGUGAAUUCUUAAUUGAUGGCAUUAAAGUUUAUUAUCUCUCUUGUUAAUUACCUUAAUGGUCUUUAGUUAUUUUCUCUAUGAUUUAAAAAAAUAUAUUGUUAUGUGAAAAUUGAAACUAAAAAGUGCGGUAAUCUAUUUUCUAGGAUUUCCAGUGAAUUUUGUGCUAUUAUUUUGUAGUGUAAGCAAAAUAUAUAAAAUACGUUAAUUAA